GACACCUAGAAAUCUUUUCUGUUUAUUUACUUAUUGAUUUAGUCAUCAAAAGGAAUUUUAUAUAUAUAUGUAUGUAUGUAUUAAUCAGCUUUUCUAAACAGUUAAAUGUAGUCAUCAAUUCAGAAAAUAUAGUUAAGAACCAAGAAUGAAAAAGAGUGAAAAAUUAUUUCAUGCUUUUUAAAAACCAAUGUAAGGAUUGUCCUUCUAUUUUAUAAUAAAGAUAAAUUGUAUUUUUAUUUCUUGUAAGACUUAUGCUGCGUUUUAAUAUUAAUAAGUCAAAUGUUUGCUAUUAAGGAAACCCCCUUUUUCAAAUGCAUUUACAUUAAAGUAUCAGUUGAGGUUUAGAACAGUUCUUAACUUAAUUUUCAAGAUGAUGUCAGACUUACCCAGAAAGGAAACUGAUUCACAGAUAUAAAGAAAUGUUCAACAUUGCUGGUAAUAAGAGAAAUGUAAAGUUAAAGCAACAAUUACCAAAGAUUUAAAAAAUAAAACAGAGUAGUCAUGAUUGCUGUUGUGUAAAAGGCACUCUCAUUGCUGAUGAGCUUUUACCGUAUGCAUCAGGAAUCUUAAAAAAAAAUUCAUAUUCAUAGGGAGAGUGAUUUUAGUCUGGGAAAUUUAAGUAUAUUAUACUAAGAAAAGGUAAAAUGACAAAGAGAAAAGAUAUUUAUGUAGUUUUACUUAUGAAACAUUAGAAAUAGCUUAAAAAUCUAACAAUAGAAAAAUGGUUGAGUAAAUUGUGGUUCAUAAUACUGGAAUAUUAUGCAGUUGGUUGUGUUGUAUUUAUUGCUCUACCAUAUGUAUGACCUGUUACUUAACGUUUAAGUACCUCAGUUUUUUCACUGGCAAAUGGGAAUAAUCUCUUAGGUUAUUGAGAAUAUUAAAUAGUUAAUACUGUCUACAGCAGUGCCUAGUAAAUAAGCAUUCAGUACAUUUUAAUGGUUAUUAUUUAAAAGUUUACAGUAAUUAUGAAAAAAUAUUUAUAAAGUGAAAAUAGGACGUAAAACUCUAUGGUAUGACCUAGGUGUGCAAAAACCCUAAAAACAGAAAACCUAUUUAAAAACUGGGCAUAAUGAAAAAUACUGGGGAAAAAUACCCUAGAUUAUUAGUACAGUUGUCUGUAGAUAAGAUAGCUUUUCUUCUAAUAUUUGGUAUUUUCUAGAUUUUCUGUCAUAAGCAUUAAUAAAAAAAAUAAACCAAUGAACUUCAUUUUAAAAUUAAGUUUAAGAUUGCACAACCCUGUGAAUAUACUAAAAACACUGAGUUGUACACUUUAAAUGGGUGAAUUUUAUGGUGUUUAAAAAAAGAAAAAUCUCAAUAAAAGGUGUUUAAAAAAGAAAAAAAGAAGCUGAAAAACCUGAGAACUUCGAAACAGCCUACUCUUGAGGAAACCCAAGGACCAAAUAAGGUCCAGCUUGAAAAAUGUAUCUGACCUGUUUGUGAUGGGAGGAGCUCUUGUUUUAGAAUCUGCAGCCCUCUUGCACUGGCUAGAGAGGGAGGGCUAUGGGCCUCUAGGAAUGACUGGAAUAUCCAUGGGAGGACACAUGGCUUCCUUAGCAGUAUCCAACUGGCCUAAGCCUAUGCCAUUGAUUCCUUGUCUGUCUUGGUCCACAGCAUCUGGGGUCUUCACUACGGGUGUACUGAGCAAGUCAAUUAAUUGGAGGGAGCUGGAAAAGCAGUAUUAUACACAAACAGUUUAUGAAGAAGAAAUUAUUCACAUGCUUGAAUAUUGUGGAACAGAUUCUUUCAAAAUGGGACAAGAGUUCAUGAAACACUUCCCUAUCAGUGCAGACAAGCUAACUAACCUCAAUCUGGUUUCUAGAACUUUAAAUUUAGACAUGACAGACCAAGUCAUGUCCCAAAAACCUAGUGAGUGCCAGGAAUCUAGUAAAACAUCUAUCAGUGCCACAUCAGGACUCUUGUUGCAAGAUACCUCUAAGAUGGAUUGCUUCAAUCAAACACUAUCAACAAACAGAAGUAGUUAUACAAAUUGCAAUCCUCAAUCAUACCACCUACUCAGAAAAGAACAAAGAAGAAACAAUCUUCAGAAAGAAUCUUUAAUCUUUAUGAAAGGAGUCAUGGAUGAAUGUACUCAUGUAGCAAAUUUCUCAGUUCCAGUUGACCCAAGCCUCAUUAUAGUAGUUCAAGCCAAAGAAGAUGCCUAUAUUCCACGAACUGGAGUUCGAAGUCUACAAGAAAUUUGGCCUGGUUGUGAAAUCCGUUAUUUAGAAGGAGGUCAUAUUAGUGCUUAUCUUUUUAAACAAGGACUCUUCAGACGAGCUAUCUAUGAUGCAUUUGAACGCUUCCUCCAUAAAUAUGCUAACUAAUUGAAUCAUUGUAUAUAAGCAGUAUGACUAUCAUGUUUCUUACUAAAGGAUUUUGAUCCUUUCAUGAUGCGAAGAACAAAAAGAACACUGUGUAUCUGCUAUCAAUUUUCUCUGGAAUUCAGUGUUACAGAUCAGUCAUCUAGAGUCUUUAAACAGAUUUGAAUAAUUUUAACCAAUAUUUGGAUGGAAUAAUGUUGAAGUAUUUUGUUAUUGUUUUGUGGGAAUCCCAUUUACUCAAUCUAGUCUUUUAAUAUUUAUGAAAACAUAAUUUUUAAUUAUGAAUAAUUUAUUAAUUUAAAAUAAAUUUAUUCAUAGAUAAUCCAUUGCUUUUUAAAGAACUGCUAUAUCAAUAAGUUUGUAAUACAUCUGCCUGUAUUGUAUAUCCUUACAUAGUAUUUCUACUAUUGACUUGAGAAACAUGUUUAUUUCUUUUUUGGAUCCAUUAUGAAUUUAUAAUCUUAUUUUCAAUUUUAAUUUUCUGCCAUGGAAAUACUUACAUGUAAAAUGAGUGUUAACUUUGAGUUCUAAAAAAUCCCAAUUGCUUCACACUUACAUGCUGUUAAUAAUUAAAAUGAACGUGAGAAUGCAGAUAAGUGUAUAGAGUUUGCUAUACCAUAAAACUUUGCCAAAUAUUAGGUUAGAAAUAAAUGCCAGACCUAUUUCUCCUAUGUAGCAAGUUUCAUUUCAUGAAGAAGAAAUCAUGAAAGACGUUUUGUAUUAAUUGAUAGACACUAUGUCUUAACAUUUUCUGGCAUACCUACUCUGGGUUUGCUAAACAUCUAACUUUAUGUCAAGUACUUAACUGCUUUGACUUUUUAAUUUCAUGAAUGAGUGGCCACAUAUGAAAUUGAUUUGUCCCAUAUAAGUGUUGUCUUACAGAAACAAUAUACUAACUAUUAACUUUUUUAAAUGGAAAUUUAUAUGGCUAGAUUUGGUGCUUUCUUUUAUAUUAAACUUCUCAAGGGAGAUCUAAAAUGUUUUUAAAAAGUAGAAAAUAUCUUUGGGUAUUGUUUUAAGGUUUGGAAUUAAUGUAUUUAAGUUUUAUUUGUUUGAAAUCUGUAUUAUCUAUGGUUUGUUUUAAAAUAUAUUCCUAGUCUAGUGAUGAUACUUGAAUUGUAAUGUGCCUUUGUGUAACCUUUUUAAAGAUUUCUAUUUGUUACUCUAAUGCCUCCAUCACCUUAAUUUUUAAAAACUGUUUAAAAUUAUUAAUGUGAAGUUAUUGAUGAUAUACAAAAUUGUAAAUUCUGUAAAACUGCUUUGGUUUAACAAACCAACAUGGUCACAGCCAUUUGAGCUCUAGCAAUUUUGCAUAUUCAGACUAGAACCUUUACUUUGAACUGAAAGUAUAAAAUCUACUAAAGUUCUUCAAUACAAUACUCUUUAAAGAUAAAGUAAAACAUAUUGUCAAUUGAAUUACAAGUAUUUUCUUAGAUAAAUAGUGAGGUGAUAUGAUUGAACACUUUCUGAAUAAUGUCUUUAGUAAAACAAAUACUUUUCAGAUAAGUAUGUCUUACUAAGCAAUAAUAUACUGUGAUAUGACUUUCUAUUGGUACAAGAGAUUUCAUUUCAAUUCUUAGACAUAAUGAAUUUUUCCCAAAAAGUGAAAAAAGGUAUUUUUAAAAUUUCAUCUUUAACCAUAUGUUUUAAGAAGAUAUCCAAGGAACUUCCUAAAUCAAUUAAAUAAAAGUACAAAAUACCUUUUCUUAAAGUUUUUUUAAUCCACUUCCCUCAAAAUAGUGACUAAUGCUUCACACACACACACACAAAAUAUUCAAAGAAGUGCUGUCUGCCAUUUUGAGGACUGGGUACAUAAACUGCUAGAAAUUCAUUUCAGUCAGUGCUGUAAACUGGCAGUCAGUACAGGCCAACUUCACCCACAACUGUUUUUAUUCAGUGUAAAUAAUAUUUCAAAUUAUUUUGAAUUUUAAAAAAGUCUUUAGAUUGGGUGUGCAUCCCCCAGUUUCCCACAGUCCUCUGAACCCCCUCAUAUCAGACUACUUUACAACUUUGUGUGUCCUACCUAGCCCUGAAAACAUCUGAGUUUAAGAAGACCCCUGAUUUAGAUCUGUGGUUUUAGAGUUUCUGAGUUUCACCAUUUGCUAAUGUAAUUACUAUGAAGUCACUUAAGCAUAUGCAUUUUAGAUUGUUUCUUAUGAAUGUAAUUUUUAAUAUGGUGCUUUCUCUUGUAAAGACUAUUGAAUUAUCACUGUAACAAAUUUUUUAAUAAUUUCCAAAUAUUUUAUAUUUCACAAUAAAAGUUUAUCUAAAAAGUUA